AAUGUUUUGAAAUCAGUCACUCUCCAGUUCAUUGAAGAUUAUAGGACGAAAAAAGUUUUAUGGAAUUCUUCCACAAAAUAUUACUGUAAUACACAAUUGAAGGAAGGAGUGUUUUUGGCCAUAUCAAGUCCUGUGUUUGAGGCAAUGCUAUCAAGUGAGAAAGAAAGCCCAGAAGAUAUUCUAAUUCCAGAUGUUCAUCCAGAUGCUUUUGAUGCUCUUCUCAAAUAUAUUUAUACUGGUAUUUCCAAUAUAGAUUCUGUGGAGUGUGCAAGUAAUUUAUGGUAUACAGCUAAAAAGUAUAUGAUUCCAGAAAUGGAAAUGGAUUGUGUCAAUUACUUGCAGAAUGAUGUAUUUAAUGACAAUGUGUGCCAAAUAUAUGAAAUGUCCAAGUUAUUUGAAGAACAAAAGUUGGAGCAGCAAUGCCUGACUCUUAUAUCACAUCACACAAAUCAGGUUAUUAAUGCUUCCUCCUUUGAAGAUGCUGAACUUACUACAAUUGAAGCCAUACUUGAUCUUGUUGAGUUACAGGUGGAAUCAGAAGUUGUUCUUUUCAAAGCAAUUGAAAGAUGGGCUAAAAAGGAAUGUAUGAGAAGAGGUCUUACAAACAAUAUCAGUGAACAGAGGUCUCUUCUGAAAACUGUAUUACCGAAGAUUCGGUUCCUAACCUUUUCACUGGAAGUUUUCUCAAAGGAAGUUGCUCCAUGUCCUCUUUUCACUCUUGAAGAAUGCUUUGCAUUGUUGUUGAAUUUAGCAUCAGUAAAAUCAGCACCAUCAGUUCCAGAGGGUUUUUCCGUUUGUAGAGAGCUUCGAAAACGUCCUAGUGUAGAGAUUCCAAAUGGUUAUGAACGUUUUUGCUCAAGGAAGGUGCUUUUUGAAACACUGUUGCUAAAUGAUGGAAGCCUUAUGUGUUCUAUUUGUUUCCGUACCAAUUAUUCAAUCAACAUUUUGGGAGUUGAGGUUCGUACUCAACUCUUCUCCUAUGAUGUGGAAUUGCUAGAUAUGAACUCCCUUCCAAUGAUUCACAGUGGCACUCACAAUGAAGAAUUUGAAGUAAACCUUCGUAGGAACGUAGUCAGAACUUUCAAGUCGCGAAUGUCACAAAGUCAGUUAGAGUUAAAUAUGACUCAUCAACUAAAAUUUUUUUUGAUGGUCCAAAAAAUUGUAAAUCAAAUACUGAUUAUUUUUUAACUGUUACAAUUAAGUCAAAAGAACACUGUACCUUAUUUUGGUAAUGUAGAAUCUGCCCUCAAAAAGUAAUUUCAAUGAAGAUGAGGGAAGGAAGUUGCAAAAAGAGGAAAAUAGUUGUAUUACAAAUGCUGAAGGAUGACUUCAAAGGAACCAUGGAAAUUGAAAAAAUGAUCACCAGUAGGAAGAUCAACACUAAGGGAAAUGAAAUCUGGCUUGCAAUUCUUCUAAUUAAACUUGACAGAAGCAAACCAUUUGUUCUUCAGAUGAAAACUAGAUAUUCCCCAGCAAAUUUCAUUCAACUGAAUAUUAAGGACUGAUUUCC